UAACAGUGGCGUCACCUAUCUUGUUCACUAUAUCCCUUGAUAUGUAAAUCGAAAAUGUAACAAAUCGCCGCCAAAAUGGCUUCCAAAGAAAAAAAUUUUCAGAACUUCUUCCAAGAAAACCUUAAUUCUGUCAUUCUAACUGAACUGAAUGAGCAAAGAAAGACGUCAAAGUUUUGUGAUGUUAUCCUAAAAGUAUUUGAAGGCCACAUUCCUGCCCAUUCGAACGUCCUAGCUGCAGGAUCUCCAUACAUAAGUGCUUUCCUGGCACAAACCCUUCCGAGGCAAUAUUCCCAGGCGGCGCCACAGGUCAUUGAACUCCAGAUUGAUGACAAAGAUUCUAAAAAGCUUUACCAGAUUGCUGUUCAGAAGAUCGUCGAUUUCAUAUAUACGGCCGAAAUUGAACUAACUGAAAGCGAUUUUGGAAAGGUUUUGAUGGUUGCAAGAAUUCUCCAAAUUGAAAAAAUUGUGGAACUAUGUAAGAAUUUCGCAAAUCCUGAAUCUCUGUUUGAAAUGGGCCUAGUAGCAGGUGCUGGCAUUGAUGCAGAUGCUAGUAAUAUCGAUGCUUUCCCUCCGCCCUUGACAGAUACCGACUCCGAAGACAAAAAUGAGAAAUUCUGCAAUGAGCUAGAAAUGCCGUUGAGUUGUGAAAAUGUAACGUCAAUGGGGGACACUGUUCUAUCUCUUAAGGAGGGAUUACAGAAUAAUGUGGAAACCAAUCUCAAUUCUGACUCUGAUAAUCCCAGUAAAUCUCCGUAUAGAGGCAAAUUACAGGAUUCUAAGAUUAUAUUCAAACAGUCUCCGAGAUCUUAUGCUAGAGGGAAGUCUAGUAGAAAUGUGAGAGGAAGAUCUAGGAUUCAGUCCUCAACUUCAUCAAAAAUCCAUUUCGACAAGGAAAAAAUUGAGUCUAUUCCAGGAGUUAGGAAGUCUUCUCGUCAUGUAAAGCCAAACCUUUGGCACAUUCAGGACAAUGUGGGUGAAAAACACGUCAUGGAUUUUUUGAUAAAAACUGAGUCUCCAACGAAAGAACAAAAUUAUGAUGCUCAGCAGAAAACAAUUGAGGAUAAUGUGAUGAAUCCUGAUGAUGCCAUGGCAAUUGACGCAGGGUCUGGAAAUGAGGACUCAGAAAAACAUUUAAAGUGCAAUCAGUGUGAUUACAAAACAUCUAACACAUAUCGUUAUAAACGUCAUUUAGCUAUACAUGCUGGAGGCAAGUAUUCGUGUGAACAUUGCUCUUUCUCAACUGCCAAGUUAAAGGAAUUGUCCAUUCACCAGAGAGAGCAUCAGCAUGAGCAAAAUAUGUGCAGUUUUUGUGAUCAUAGAGCAGAAACUAACGAGGAUCUUCAGCUUCAUUUAGCGAGACACAAGGGACCUUUUCCGCAUUUCUGUGAGUUCUGUGACAAACGCUUUAAGACGCAAACACAGCUCAAGUUUCAUGUGCCUAAGCAUUCGGAUGAGAAGCCCUUUGUUUGUGCCACAUGUGCGAUGGGUUUCAAGUGGAAACAUGCAUUGAAAAGUCACAUGAUUGUCCAUAGUGCAGAAAAGAAUCAUUUGUGUGAUGUCUGUGGUUAUGCAACGGCACAUAAAAGUCAGCUUAAAGCUCAUCGUCUAAUUCACACUGGUGAAACUUUUAAGUGCAACUUUCCAGGCUGUAAAUUUCAAGCGAUAAAAAAACAAAAUUUAAAGUAUCACCAACUUACCCACACGAGAGAAAAGCCACACCAGUGUGAGAUUUGUGGGCAAAGUUUCUCUCUGGUCAAGAAUCUCCGCCGGCACAUGAUGUUGCAUUCAACUUUCAAGCCACAUCAAUGUGAGCAGUGCACGUUUUCGACAACAAGGUAUGACAAGCUCAAGGAACAUUUGAGGCGCCAGCAUAGUGUUGGAAAAACUGUAAACAAACGAACUCCUGGACAGGUUCAGUUGCUAGCUGAAAUGGUCAGCGGGGCAGCUGCUGUAGGUACAGAUGUUAUCACAACCUGCGCUGGUGGGAUUCAUGCGAUACAAACAGAGCUUGCUCCCGUCCAGCAGCAAGUUUUGACUAUGAAUGCUCUUGGUCAGGCACAGCAGAUUAUUAUCAGCCCUGACCAACAGGAUGAAAACUCGCCUAAACUCACCACAUUCAGUCUCCAGAAAGGACAGAUUAUCCAGAGUUCUACUGGUACUGUCCCUGCAGCAACCCUGGAGCAACUGACUGCAGUAUCGGACAGCCAGAGUGUUCUGCAGACGGUUGAAUUAACAGGUGAUUCUCAACAAGCGAUCUUGCCCUCCUCCAAUAUCGUUGCCCUUAGGCCUGUACAGUUUUUAGAAAUACAGUUUCCAGCCCUACAGAAUGUAGAUGUCAUAGACUUGAAGCAAGACGUGAUUUAGUGCAGAAGCAUUGCUUGACUUGGGACAAAUUCAUUUGUGUGUAAACGAAUGCCCUAGCUUUCCAUCUCAUCUAGUUUUGUAAAUUCGUUGCCAUUGCAUGGUGCAUGUUUUUGUGUGUUAUGAUUGGCAGUCUGUGAUUGGUUAAGUUAUAUCUAAAUGUAUGUAAAUAUGGUGUACAUUGCAACUAUCAAAGUGAAUAAAUCUGAUCAUGCCUACU